AUGGUUAAACGCGAAGUAGCUAAAAGCAAAAACAAAAUGUGGGAAACCAAAUGUGAGAGAGUGGAAAUAUAUAUGGGAGGUACAAGAGUGUCAGAAGCGUGGAAGACAAUAAGGAACCUUGGAAGAGACGAAAAGCAAAACAGUAAACUAGAACUUAUAAGCAUAGAAAAGUGGGAAGACCAUUACAAACAAUUACUGACAGAAAACAGGAUAGAAUUCAAACUAGAAGUGCCAGAUUUGAAAAACGCAAAAGAUAUAGAUGUAAAUGAAAUAAGUGUAAACGAGAUAAAGAAAGCAUUGAAGAAUUCAAAAAAUGGAAAAGCUGCGGGGCCGGGAAACAUUUUCAUUGAGCUAAUAAAGCAGGGACCCGAUAUAUUAUUGGAAAUACUAGCUGAUAUCUUCAACAGAUGCCUGAUAAAAAACGAAAACAUUCCUGAAGACUGGAACCUGGCGUACAUCAGCUCUAUCUUUAAGAAAGGAGACAAAAAAAGAUGUAGCAACUACAGAGGCAUUAGUUUGACAAGCUCAAUGGGAAGGUUGUAUGGCAGAAUAUUAAAAGAGAGAGUAGAAGAGAGCUUUGAAGAAAUAGAAGAACAAGGUGGUUUCCGCGCUGGGCGUUCUUGUACAGACAACAUAUUUGUGUUACAACAAAUAAUUGAAAAAAGGAGAGCUCGAAAUUUGGACACGCAUCUGGUAUUUAUAGAUUUAGAGAAAGCCUAUGACACGGUGCCUUUGAAGAAAUUAUUUGAAAUCUUGGUUGAGGCAAAUGAGGCAUUGAAAAACUGGAGAAGGAAGAGUAGAGCUAUGGGAAUAGAGAUUGACAACCACUGUCUAUCGACCUUGUUCUUUGCAGACGACCAAGUUAUUGUUGCAGGUUGUGAGGAGGAUGCCGACUAUAUGUUGAGGAAACUUGAUGAAGAAUACGACAGAUGGGGACUCAAUAUCAACCUCACAAAAACCGAAUACCUGAAAGUAGGAGAAGAACAAACUGAAGAUCCUAAACUACACAUACAUGAAAUUAAAAGAUGUAGCGAAUAUAAAUAUUUAGGAAGUAUUAUAUCUGAAGAAGAGAACUCCAAGAAAGAUAUACAUAGUAGAGUUCAACAAGGUAAGAAAGUAAUCGGUCUUUUAAACCCUCUCCUGUGGUCAAAUAAAACAUCCAUCCAAACAAAGAUAAGGAUUUACAAAGCAAUCGUAGAUCCAAUUUUAACAUACGGUGCCGAAUGCUGGCAAUUUACAGCAAAAGAAAGAAGGAUGGUCGAGUCAGUGGAGAUGGACUUUCUCAGAAGAGCAUGUCGCAUAUUAAGGAUGGAACACAUUAGAAAUGAGGAGAUCAGGCAAAGAACAAGGCGAAUAUAUACCAGCACCGACAACAUCGAAUCGAGACAGCUACUAUGGUAUGGGCACGUAAAAAGAGUGGGAUGGGAAAGAUGA